GGUGGGCGUGUACAGCUGAAUCUCUGGGUUUCUUCUGCAGCUGAUCCUGAGAGCACUCACAAACACACUCACACAGCGCUCAGGCGCAGAGAAACAGGACACAAUACACACAUUCUGUAUACACACACACACUCACGGUGUGAGCUGAAACGGGCACAGGGCGCUCGAUCUGCUGCUGGGUUGCGUUCUUUUGCUGUGACAUCGCAAAUCGGAUGGAUUACGAUUGAGCAUUGCGGAUCUUCUCCGAGAUGAAGCUGGAUGACCAUGCAGUCUAGAUAGCAGAUUCUGCUUGUUUGGCUCAUCCAGCACGGAGAGGAUGCCUCCCCGGAAGCGCACACGGCCCGGCCUGGGCCUUCUGUGUUGCUUCGGCAGCAGCGAACCCCCUGAGAUCAACCUGAAGGACAGUGUUCCCCUGCAGCUGCUCGAAUUCAGUGCCCCUAUGCCCCCAGAGGAGGAACUGAAUGCCCGCUUUUCUGAACUGGUGGAUGAACUGGAUCUCACUGACAAGAACAGAGAAGCCAUGUUUGCCCUGCCUGCUGAGAAGAAAUGGCAGAUCUACUGCAGCAAGAAGAAGGAGCAAGAGGAUCCCAACAAGCUCGCUACCAGCUGGCCCGACUACUACAUAGAUCGCAUCAACUCCAUGGCUGCUAUGCAGACUCUUUUUGCGUUUGACGAGGAGGAGAUGGCGAUGAGGAAUAAAGUGGUCGAGGAUCUGAAAACAGCGCUUCGCACUCAGCCCAUGAGGUUUGUGACUCGCUUCAUCGAACUGGACGGCCUCACGUGUCUGCUAAACUUCUUGAAGAGCAUGGACUACGAGACGUCAGAGAGCCGCAUUCACACUUCCAUUAUCGGCUGCAUCAAAGCACUGAUGAACAACUCGCAGGGCCGAGCGCACGUCCUGGCCCACCCUCAGAGCAUCAACACCAUCUCACAGAGUCUGCGCCAGGACAACAUCAAGACCAAGGUGGCUGUACUGGAGAUCCUAGGUGCUCUCUGUCUGGUACCUGAUGGCCAUAAGAAAGUGCUGCAGGCUAUGGCGCACUAUCAGAAGUACGCCGCUGAGAGGGCACGCUUCCAGACUCUUCUGCAUGAGCUGGACAGGAGCACAGGCCGCUACAGAGACGAGGUCAACCUGAAGACUGCCAUCAUGUCCUUCAUCAACGCUGUUCUAAAUGCAGGACCUGGAGAGGACAACCUUGAGUUUCGUCUUCACCUAAGGUACGAGUUCUUAAUGUUGGGGAUCCAGCCAGUCAUUGAAAAGCUUAGAGGUCAUGAGAACGCCACUCUCGACAGACAUUUGGACUUUUUCGAGAUGGUGCGGAAUGAAGAUGACUGUGAAUUGGCCAAACGUUUCGACAUGACGCAUGUGGAUACAAAGAGCGCCGGCCAGAUGUUUGAGCUGAUUAAGAAGAAGCUGAGCCACACAGAUGCCUAUCCGCAUCUUCUAUCUAUUCUCCAGCACUGCCUGCAGAUGCCAUAUAAACGCGGAGCGGGCAGCAUACAGCAGUGGCAGCUUCUAGACCGAAUCCUUCAACAGAUUGUUCUGCAGGACGACAAAGGGGAAGACCCAGAUGUUUCUCCUUUGGACAAUUUUAAUGUCAGGAACAUAAUUAGAAUGCUUGUCAAUGAGAACGAGGUGAGACAGUGGCGAGACCAGGCCGAGAAAUUCAGAAAAGAGCAUACAGAACUCAUGGCCCGACUUGAGAGGAAGGAGCGAGAGUGUGAGAUCAAAACGCAAGAGAAAGAAGACAUGAUGAAGACUCUAAACAAAAUGAAAGACAAGCUGCAGAGAGAAGGAGUCGAGCUGCGCUCUGCCAGGGAGCAAGUUUUAGACUUGUCUUCUCGAAUUAACGAUAUUUCCCAUGGAAGUAUGGCAUUUCCUCCACCUCCUCCUCCACCUGGAGGUCCAAUGCCUCCUCCUCCUCCACCAAUAAUGACUGGUUUCCCUCCGCCUCCUCCACCACUUCCCUUCUGCCCAGCCCCUCCUCCACCACCUCCUCCUCCAGGGGCUCCACCUCCUCCUCCAGGAGCUCCGCCCAUCUUCUCUGGUGCUCCACUCCCACCGGCACCCGCUUCUUUUAGCAGCAGCACAAGUCUGCGCAACAAGAGCAUCCCCCAGCCAUCACACCCACUUAAGUCUUUUAACUGGGCCAAACUGGGCGAGAACAAAAUCACUGGCACCAUUUGGCAUGACAUCGAUGACCUGCGGGCUUUUAAAGUCCUUGAUCUGAAAGAUAUCGAGAAGAUGUUUUCGGCUUAUCAGAGGCAACAAGAGCUGCUCACUAACCAAUCCUUCAAACAGAAGGAGACUGGUUCCAUGGAUGACUUGUAUCUAAGUACAAGGAAAGUGAAGGAGCUGUCAGUCAUCGAUGGGCCGCAGAACUGCGUUAUCUUACUCUCCAAGUUGAAAAUGAGCAACGAGGAGAUUAAGAGAGCCAUUCUGGAAAUGGACGAGAGAGAGGAGCUGGCUAAAGAUAUGCUAGAGCAGCUGUUAAAGUUUAUUCCUGAAAAGAGCGACAUUGACCUUCUGGAGGAACACAAGCAUGAGCUGGAUCGUAUGGCACGUGCUGACCGCUUCCUGUAUGACAUGAGCAGGAUUGAUCAUUACCAGCAGAGGCUCCAGUCGCUGUUCUUCAAAAAGAAGUUUGCAGAGCGACUUGCAGAGACCAAGCCGAAGGUGGAGGCUCUUGUAUGUGCAUCCCGUGAGGUGAUGAGGAGUAAACAUCUGACUCAGAUUUUGGAGGUGGUCCUGGCCUUAGGGAACUUCCUGAAUAAAGGCCAAAGAGGGAAUGCCUAUGGUUUUAAAGUGUCCAGCCUGAACAAGAUUGUGGACACCAAGUCAAGCAUAGACAGAAACAUCACCAUGUUGCACUACCUGAUCAUGAUUUUUGAGAAGAACUAUCCCAACAUCCUCAAUGUCCAGCAGGAUCUGCUAAGCAUACCAGAUGCUGCAAAAGUCAAUCUGGCUGAACUGGAGAAGGACGUCUACAGUAUAAAGAGUGGAUUGAAAGCUCUGGAAGCAGAGCUGCAGUAUCAGCAGAGCCGGCCACGUGACCGAGGGGAUAAGUUCAUCCCCGUGGUCAGCGACUUCAUCACAGUGGCAAGUUUUAGCUUCUCUGAGUUGGAAGAUUUGUUGAACGAGGCAAAGGAGAAGUUCGCCAAGUCUCUGAAGCACUUCGGAGAGGAGCAGGUACACAUGCAGCCGGACGAGUUCUUUGGAAUCUUCGACACCUUCCUGCAGUCGUUCAACGAGGCUCGGCAAGACCUGGAGAACAUGCAGCGUCGCAAAGAAGAGGAAGAGAAGCGAGCGCGCAUGGAAGCCAUGCUGAAAGACCAGAGGGAGCGAGAGAGGAGGGCAAAGAAGAACGCUGGAGGGGGCGUGUCUGAGGAAGUGGGCGAGUUCGAUGACCUGGUGUCAGCCCUUCGCUCGGGAGAAGUGUUUGAUAAAGACCUGUCGAAGCUCAAACGCAACCGCAAACGCUCCGUCAACCAGCUGGUGGACAGCAGCGGUCGUGAAAGACCCAUCACCAAGGUCAACUAUUGAUGGUGACACCUGGAAAACUUUCAUUCACUGACUUGUAUACUGUACGUGAAGGAAAAAAAAAAUCCUAACUGCCAUCUGCCUCCUUAUUCACCCUAACACGUGAUUGCUUGCAUCGUAAAAACGGCAGAUUCAUAGACCUUGUUGGACAGUUCUCUGGGUGUCGAGACAUUUUUACAGCACUGUGCUCAACAAAUAGGCUUGCUCUAAACCUUGUUCUUAUCCCGCAUCAAACACGGUCUUCCUCAUCUCAUAGCCAAUGGUUCAUUUUUCCAAGCUGACUCAAAUAACCUCAAACUGCCAAGAUUCUGAUUCCGCAUUUACCAGAGUUACAGAGGUAAUGACCCUGGUACCAUAACCAAUAGAACCAGGACUUUUUGGGAAAAUUUGGUCAGAAUCUCGAAUAAACAGCUAUCUAUCACUAC